GGGGGAGUUUGACGCUGCACGGACACAUGAAACGCGACGAAUAGUAGAGCCAAUUGCCGUAUGUCAGGUAGCCGGACCUCCCUGGUUCAUUCCAACCGACGAACUUAUUUGGAACUACGGGAACUAAAGAAAAUCGUACAAAUAUUGGUGCGGUAUAUUGAACAUUAAAGCUAUACUUCAAGUGGUACCUCUCUGCUCCGGUGAAGAAAAAUGACAUAGAUGAGCUUGAUGGAUUUAUUUCAACGUAAAGUUUACAUGAAAAUGUUGAAAUUCAGUGUUUCGUCAUCUUGAUACAAACAGCGCAAAUGUGUAGACCGAACACUUCAACUGUAAGUUCCUCUCAGAAUGCCGUGAGUCAUUUUCCCUCUCUUUAAUCAAACUUCUCGAUGCAGAAUUUUGAACUACUGUUGUUGCUUCUUACAUCAGUGGCCAUCUGUUGGUCAGGAGAGUUGAGGUGCCUACGACCAGGCGCGCCUGUUAUUAGCCUUUACAAAGACAACCGUUACUUUCCUGGCCAUGUCGAUGGUCUGGGGGAAAGCAUUGACGUCACAUUUGAGAAUGGUCGACAGCAAACCUACAGUUCUUUUACUAAUGAUGUCAUCGUCGAUGAUCCCCCUGACGUAAAUGAACUGGAGGGUGGAUCACGUGUUCUCGCGAGGCGUCCGAGCUCGGUGUCAUAUGAACCGGGUUUUGUGAAUGGUAGCAUCGAAGGUCUACCGCUGAACAACACUUUUCUCGUGAUGUUUGAUAAUGGAGAUACUAUUGCAAGAAAUAUUGAAGAUAUACGACUUGCAGUGAAACCUCGAUCCUGUAUGAACGAGAAAGGAAUCUAUAUUGGAUGCUUCGAGAAUUCCAUCAAAAGUUUCCUGACCAAUUACUAUCCGGUAAAUCCAACGGAUGUUGCCACCUGCAAUUGGGCGUGCUUCAUACGUGGAUUCCGUUUUGCUGGAUUGCAAAAUGGCACGUGGUGUUUUUGUGGAAACCACGUGAAUGAUUCGUUGAGGGUGGAAGAUAAAGAAUGCAACAUGGCAUGUCGGGAUAGUCGCGAAGAUAUUUGCGGUGGUUAUCAAAGGAUGACCAUUUAUUGGACAGGAGCUGAUUUUACUGAUAAUGGUACCAGUGAUCUUGGAGACAGCACAGCGGUUGGAGACAAACACGUAGGCUCGUGGAAGUCUGAUUCGUCGCCUGAGAGCACGUGCUCAGAUCUUUAUGACAGCACACAAUGUAACGCGUGGGCCGAACUGUCAAAAUGUAUCGAGAAUCCUGAUUGGAUGAUCACCAACUGUAAGAAAAGCUGCUACGCCUGUGGGUAUGAUGACGAACAUGUUGAUAACACCAUUGACAAAGUUGAUUCAAACCUGGAGACGAACGCGUUGUAUCAGUCCCAGGCCAACAGAGAUCGAUUCUCUUCAACUCCUCCGACCACUUACGUUCAAAACUCGUAUUCGUCACCAGACCUCUCGUCCAGGAAGUCGGAUUAUCCGUUGUUAGACGAUAAUAGCAAUAGUCCCGGGUAUCUUGGCUGUUUCCGAGACUUUCCGAGCUCGCACGAUCUUGAAUACCUUGCCGAUAUAAGACCACUUUCCAUACGUGCUUGUGUCACUAAAUGCAAGUCUAUGAGGUUCCCAUAUGCUGGUGCCCAGUCUUCGUCUUCGUGUUACUGCGGCCUGCGCUACGGUAGAUAUGGUCAGCUGGAGUACGAGGAUUGUAAUACGCCAUGUGAGGCCGACUCGUCGGAAAUGUGUGGUGGCAUUGAUAAAAAUUCCGUUUAUCACACAGGAUUUCCUGCUCAAUUUAAAUCCGCUGAUAGCUCGUCAAGAAAUGCAGGAAACGAAGCUUCGUCACCUUUCUCUCAAACUGAACAGCCUGCAAGCAAGCGUUACCUUAGUUACAAUACCUAUACAUCCCAAAAUCAGCCUUCUACGUCGUAUUCUCAAAAAAGCUUUUACCCGAAUGUUUAUUCGCGGCCUGCAUCGCUCUAUUCUCAGUUCGCUAAUCAGCCAAGCUAUACACAGCCCCGAGGCACUCAACCUGUUUAUGCUUACAACUAUCAAAAUGGCAAUAUGGCGCGAGCGGGUAGGAUGAGUUCCAAUAGCGGAGAUUUCCCCGAGCGACUCCAGCUCGUAUCGGUGGAGAGAGACCUUUGCUAGACUGCGACAACAAGAGCAAGAACGCUUUUCCCGACCAUCUUUAUUUAAUCUCAAAAGGCUUAGAGGAACGUGGUCAAAGUCUCUUGGAAAUAGUGCAAAACAUACUAAGUCUAUUGGAAACGAGGCAAAACAUAUUAACGUAGCUAAAGAUUCCAAGAAAACUUUUUUUCUGGAAAAAAUGCUAAGGCUUUCUCAGCUGGCAGAGUUCCACAGUCACUUAUUGUUCAACCCAUAUCACGAGUGAAGUUGAAUUCAGGAAGAACAAAUUCCAAAAGAAAGAUUUUCUCCUUAGUGAAUAAAGCUCCUGGAAAGAACUCGAAACAUUUACACGCGAAAUUCGCCAAGUCAGGAGUAUUUCUUAGAAGAAAAGCUUCAAAAGCAAACAGCUUUUUAGCAUAUUUGCCCCACGAAGUUACCGAAGAUGAGUCGCUUCUGCGCAACGUGUAUCACAUGCUCUCGCGCAUGUUGAAAACUUUUCGAAAGCAUCGCAAAAGUCCAUUAAGGAAGUAUUCUAAAUUUUCGGAAACUAAGCAUAAUAUUGUGACCAAAAGACCAUUGCCAAAAGUUUCAAAUCUUCCCAAUAAAAGUUUUGAGAUAUUGAAGCAAGUUACUGUUUCCAAAAGAGAUAAACCUCAUUCAAAUGGAUCCAAAAGAGAUAAGCCUCAUUCGAAUAAAUCCAAAAGAUAUAAACCUCUUUCAAAUAAAUCCAAAAAAUAUAAACCUCUUUCAAAUGGAUUCAAAAGAGAUAAACCUCUUUCUUCAAAUGGAUCCAAAAGAGAUAAACCUCUUUCUUCAAAUGGAUCCAAAAGAGAUAAACCUCUUUCUUGGAUCCAAAGAGAUGGAUGGAUCCAAAGAGAUAAACUUCUUCAAAUGGAUCCAAAAGAGAUAAACCUCUUUCUUCAAAUGGAUCCAAAAGAGAUAAACUUCUUCCAAAUGGAUCCAAAAGAAAUAAACCUCUUUCAAAUGGAUCCAAAAGAGAUAAACCUCUUUCAAAUGGAUCCAAAAGAGAUAAACCUCUUUCAAAUGGAUCCAAAAGAGAUAAACCUCUUUCAAAUGGAUCCAAAAGAGAUAAACCUCUUUCAAAUGGAUCCAAAAGAGAUAAACUCUUUCAAAUGGAUCCAAAAGAGAUAAACCUCUUUCAAAGGAUCCAAGAGAUAAACCUCUUUCUAAUGGACAAAAGCAACUAAGCAAGCCUUCCUAUCUACACCUGCAAUUAACGACUUCACAAUCACGUAAUAAAACCACCCCUGAAAAUCUGAACGCGCAUAGGAUUGGGCAUUUGUCAACAAUUUCUCAAAACAUAAUCAUGACGAAAUUAAUAUGCAAUCUCGUACACACCCUAAUGUUCCUUUAACUACCCACGAAUCCCUUCAGAACACUAUUCAUCCAAAUGUUCUUCAAACUACUCGCGAAUCUUUUCAUAAGACAGAGGCAGCAAGUGAAGAUGUUCGUCAACCAUCUAUAGAAAAUGGUCAAAAUACUUCGUUCUUGGUUGCGAAGAUGAUAGAAAAGAGUAAUGAAGUAAACUUUCAUAAAACUAGCAUCGGCAAUAGAAAAAUCGUUCACCAGAUUCUUAAAAGCGCCUACCAGGAAAUAGUGACCAUCAAGGCUUAAAAGUAACAGAAGGAAAAGUGUUGUCCGCUAAUAAGGUGAAAAUGAAAGACCUCGAUAAACCAAGAGUUCUAAGCAAAGACACAUCAAUGGAAACGACCGACGACAAAAUUAUCUCGUCUAUAAUGGAUAUGUUAGAGAAAGAUAAGGAUUUGCAAAGUGCUCAGGCCUUUAAAGUCGGGCGAAAGGAAACGAGUGGAAACGAGGUUAAUCGCGGGAGUUCUCUGCCGAAAAUUCACGAUAAAAUCAUGAAGUACGCCGGAAACGUUAAAAGCAAGCAGAGACAUGGAAUUGAAAAAGGUGAACUCAUUACGAUGGGGAAAAGCCGUAAAAAUGAAAACCAAAGAUCUAAGUUAGAGGUGAGCCACAUUGACCAGGAGCUUGAUAAUAUUUACAAGAAAGACAGAAUCGAAAAGGUGAUGAGUUAUGAUGACAGUGAAGAUAAUUUGAUGGAAAAAAACGAAGAAUUUUUAAAAACACACAACAAAUAGCAGCAUUUCAUUUUAUUUUAUGUCAUCGUAAUAUAAAUCUUAUAUAAUAUAAAUCAUAUGUUUUCACAUCAUUUGCAGUUCGGGAGUGUACCAGAUUUAGUCAAGUAGGAUAGUUAACCUUGAUGAAAAUAUAAAACAUUUAAUUUUUUC